AUGGAAGUUCCAUACCCGGACCAUAGGAGGCCGCUUUACUUGGAGGGACAGAUCAAUGAUGUGUUCAUAAGGAGAGCUUUGGUAGACACGGGUUCCUCUGUCAACAUAUUACCUCUGUCUGUGCUUACGGCAGCUGGUAUCCCAUUGUCCAAAAUUGUCCAAUCACAAACAAACAUCAGUGGUUUCGGGAAUAAGAGUGAGGUCACAGUCGGGCAUCUACAAGUACAUUUGAAGGUUGGGCCAAUUCGGUCACUUACUAAGUUCUAUGUUGUGGAUGUGGAUGUGGCUUACCAUGCUUUGCUCGGAAGGCCAUGGCUCAACAAGCAUAAGCUUGUGGUCUCUACCUAUCAUCAAUGCGUAAAAGGAAGGAUUGGGCUGAGGCCGCUGCGCAUACCUGGAAACCAAGCACCUUUCAACAAAGAUGAAGCUCACUACUUUGAGGCGGAAUUCUACACUGAAUGCACAGGUGCUGGAAGCAAUCCAUCCAAGGAUUUCGGGACCUACCUUCCUUCGUGGACUGAAAUUCGUGAUUUAAGCAAUGAGGAGCUCAUCACCAUUGUUGAUCGAGAGAGAAAGAGGCACUCGGAAGUCAACAACCAUCCCUAUGAUCAUCCCCAAUGCUCAAAGGUGACGCUGCCCGAUGGACGUAUCGUGUACCGCUUAUGA